CACACACACAAACACAGAGAGAGAGAGAGAGAGAGAGUGGGCGUGUCAUCCGCUGCUCCUCUUUAUUUUCACCAUAUCGCCGCUGUUGCCCUUUUUGGUAAUGUUGUAGUUGCCGCGCGCCUUGUAUUCCGGCCCCACGGCGGGUCGAAAUAGACCUGAACGAUUCCACACACGCAUACACACACACACAGAGACAUGUCAGAUGAUGGGUGCAGGUAUGAUCUAUCCAUUAUCCAUCAAUCAAGUGCUGACCACGUCGAACGCCGGCUUGCCGGGCUUUAUCAUCCCGCGGGCGAUAAUGUGGUCCUCCAUCUUGUCGGUGCGGGCCAAGAAGCAGUCCUGGUAUAUGUGCACGUGGUCAUAGCCUGCGCAAACACACACACACACACACAACACACACACAUGGACACACAUCCGUAUGGCAUGGACCGUGUUUGGUGCACACCAUACCGUAUACGUGGCGCAGGUAUACGUGGCGCAGGUUGUGUAUGGCAUUUUCGUAGUGCGUGGGGUUCUCCUCCGACCCCACCACCUCCAAACCAUUGGCGGCGAAGCCAAUGGCGUUGCCCGCUGCACACACCCCCCCCCCCCCCCC